AUCUCACACACACACACACGUCCUUUCGCCAUUCCAUUUUUUUUCUUUUUGUCUUCGAUUGUUGCUCGUGCAUCUGUGAUCCAUCGAACACGCCCGACUGUCCACUCCCACCCAUCUCGACUUGCAAUUCUUCCCCCUCCUCCCUUUCGUCGUUGCCAACGUUGCUCCCAAGGCAAGUCUCCACGUUGUCGACAGUGCCCUGCAGCGCUUCGUUGGUCCACAGUCGGUAUAGCCGUGUCGACAAACAGAUAAAUCUCCUUGGGCGACAUUCUGCAUCUCGUAUCUCGAAGGCACGUCACACUUAUUCCUAGCAUCCCGCAGACAUUCAUCCAACCUCCCGACCUCCGACGCCCAAUCUCAGCUCUUUCGGGUUCUUCGUCAUCCCGAUGUAUACAUAGUCGUUUGAGUUCCCCGCAGCCCUCGAUCUACCAUCAUCCUGGACUGUUAAAGCUAUCCACAUCCCACUUCUUCCCAUCCGAUAUUGUCGCCUUUCAAGCUCGGUGCGCGGAUGUUGCGCAUACCCCUUCGAUUCAUUUACGGGCGACGCUGGCGCCGCUGGAAUUUAAAUACCAAGCUGCUCCGCCCCGGUUAGAUUGUUCAAGGUGAACGCUGGGAGCGGAUAAACGGAAGGAGGCGAUAGAGGCUUGGAGAUCGUAAAAGAAAGAUCGUUGUUUGAUGCCUGUUGACGCGAAGUUGGAUCUCUUGUGUGUGCUUCAGCAGGAGCAGAGAUAACCCGUCGUCAGAGAAAGAUAUCCUUGCGACUUCCGAGUCCGAACUCUGUGGACCACUGUUGUUGAAGGCGUCCAGAUUGAGGUUGUCAUUCUCUGUGAAAAGGGAUCAGGGCACAAAAGCUUUUUAGAAGGAUACUGUAGUUGAAGGAGGACAGAGAGAGCGCAAUUGGGGAUAGUAUAGAUAACCACGCUCAUAUAGACAUAACUCGUUCCCAUUAUGGAUCGAGAACAAUGUCGCGCCGUCUAUAUCGAUGAACGAGUCAGUUAUGACCGCUGGAUUUCCAAAGAGAGUUUAUCUUUGCCAGAAGAUGAUUCGGGUGGUGCUCCCUUCCCUCUACUUGAUGACCAUCCCAACCUAGCGAGCAACAUAGGCCAAAUUCUGGGCAUUUGCAAACAAGUAUACCUGUGUAACUCCGGGAAGUCCUUCGCGAGCAAACUUGCUGAGUUACACGAAGAGUCAAGUAAUACUUGUGCUCCAAUCUUUGCUUUUAUUGAUAUUGCAAUCAAAGGCGACUCAGAGUUGGUACACCGGCGCUCCAUCACCCAGACCUCUGUGCAACUUUCUGCGUCACCGCCAAGUUUGGCGCGUAGCUUAACUUUCUCCACGGAAUCGGAGGAGCUCUAUGGUUUCCAUCUCCUUUCCAGAUUUUCUGCAGAUAUCCACGCCCAGGACGAGCCCAGCAUCAUCGUGCCCAUUGCGAUUCUUCGGCAUGCUGAUGGCGAUGCUGAUGGUGAAUGUGCUGACAAAGGGAUCCACGAGGACGGAAAACAGGGAUUGCGAACCAUCCCUGCCGAAGUGGAGUUUAAGCAGGUCCGCCGCUGUUUGGAUGCCGGAGCGAUCGAUGUGCUCACAUGUCCUUUCGAGGAUUCCAAAGUAAAGGGACUGGUCCUUCACGCGUAUCGCACGCAAAAAGCUGCGCAAAAACACAGAGCCCGAUUUCUAGCCAGGCGGAAGGUACGGCGCCAAUCGUGGGUUGGUGCAGAUGACCAGCAAUCCUACGCUUAUCUUCGAGAAGCAAUGGUUUCAAAGUUGAUGAAACGGAUUUGCAGUCCAGAAGAAGCAGUUGGGGAUUUCCAAGUGGGCGAUGUGCCAGUCAUUCAGGAACGGAAAGCCUUGGUGGAAAGGGAAGUUGCGAAAUGGAACUUUUUAUCUCAUGAGUUCUCGGACGACGAGCUGGUUCAUGCUGCGUGCGUGAUGGUCGAGCAUGCCUUGCAACUCCCUGAGCUGGAACAAUGGAGGCUUUCGCCCGAGGAGAUACGGUCCUUUUUGCUCUCCGUCCGUGCUUCGUAUAACUCCUUCGUUCUCUACCAUAACUUCCGCCAUGCUAUCGAUGUCCUUCAGUCCGUUUUUCACUUUCUUGUAAAGAUAGGUAUUCUCCCACCGUUUCCUUUGGGAAGUGAGGAGGUAUCCACCCGGAGUGGGAUGUCUUCUAUUUUGACGCCGUUUGACGCCCUUACACUGCUUAUCACAGCGAUUGGACACGAUGUUGGCCAUCCAGGUGUCAAUAACGUUUUUCUUGUGAAGUUAAAUGCGCCACUUGCACAGCUCUACAACGAUAAGUCAGUACUGGAGGCUUUCCAUUGUGCAGCCUAUUCGCAAAUCCUUCGUCGUCAUUGGCCCUCCGUUUUCAAGGAUACUCGACUUCGAAAGUUGAUGAUCGAUUCUAUUUUGGCCACUGACAUGGGCAUCCAUAACGUAUUUAUGGAGUCACUAGGGAAAUUGCAACAAAGUUAUCGUUCUAAUAACAGAACCACUUGGGGAUGGGAACCCAAGGACAUUGACACCUAUCGAACUCUUCUAUGUGCUUUGCUGAUUAAAUGCGCAGACAUCAGCAACGUGGCACGUCCCUUCCAUAUAGCGGAGAAGUGGACCGAUAUUCUCCAACUGGAGUUUGCCAACCAAGGGAUGAUGGAAGCAGAGAUUGGAAUGGAAACAGCCUUAUUUGGCGGUCCUCCAGAGUUGGGAAACUUUGUCAAAAAGGCGAACGGUCAAAUAGGAUUUAUGAACGUAUUCGCGCUCCCUCUUUUCGACGGGGUUGCCGACGUCCUCCCGGAUAUGGCGUUCGCCGCUAAUGAAAUUCGGCGCAACAAAUGCAGAUGGCAAAUGUCGGUUGACCGUCAGAACGAUCCAGAUGCGGGAGAGAAAAGUGGAAUUCAAAUUUCUCCGGCUCAGUCGACUGAAACCCGCAAUGUACGAACACACCUGAAAGCAGAGGAUUAUAGCCUGCCGUCUGUGUAUUAUACGAUUCCCAGCCGAGCGUCACCUGAUAGUUCCGGGGAUACCUCCCCUGGGCCAUCCCAGGGGGAUUCUCGCUCCGACAAUGAAGCGGAUGACGGGACUGUUACGAACGCAGAACAUAACUCCCAAGAGUCCUCGACACCCAAAUACCACCUACCUCCCAUCUCAUCCCCAAAUAAUACAAAUGGAGCAAAUAGCCACGGGGGUUAUAGCUACAACCAUACAGACGCAAAUUCCGCAUCCCAACGGUUCCACAAUGACUCGGAUAAACAUCAGUUUCGGCAAGGUUUUGGAGGUAGUCCGGUUUCGGCCGUAUUCAACCAUUCGAGCCAAUCCACAAAUGGUGUCCGGAACCAGAGCACUAGCACGUAUACAAACAACACGGUAGCCACACCAGUCUCGUCUACUUCUCAAGCCAGCAGCUUGGUCACAGCUGAGAGCAAUGGUUACGACGACAAAGGGUUUGGCAAGAGAGCAUAUGGUCAGGGUAUUCGAAGUGGUGGGCCUAAUAGUUACGAGUCCAGUCUUGGAGAUGGCGCCUGUGAUGACAACCUUGGCUGUAGACGCCCUUCCACAGCCGCUUUACCGGUCGACUCGAGUUGCAACCGUCGUCAAUCGGAGCGUGGCCGCCGCCCCGCACUUGGGAGAACUGCGAGUUUUAUGUCUACUCUCCUUGAUAAGAGUUUCUCGACCAACCACCACAACGGUUUUACGCUUAAAAAUCCUGCAUCCCCUACAUGUUCCGGACAUUCUAAUACUCCAAGUCAUCACCUCUCAAAUAGCCAACACUCAUCCGACCCUGAUUAUCCUACUACGAAUGGUGCCAGCGUCCCAACUGGGCGAACUGUACCUCGACGACGAUCCCGACUACGACUUGCAUUCUGGCGGCGAAACAAGCCGUCUUCUCCUCCCCUUCCCCACGAGCAGCAUCGGUGACUUGUUAUUUCCAGAUAGAAUGUUAUAAAUCCGCUUGAAUCGAUUUAUUCGAGGACGGCGCUCGGUCUUUAAGGCGUUUGUCAACGCUUAGCCUUUCAUGGAUUAUGGUUCUCGGUUUGGGUUGAACGGAAUGGUGGUCCACUGGUUCUCAUAUUUCCUUUUCUUGUGAUACCAGUCGAGUGGUCAGAGCGCCUUUCUCGAUACCAUGGCAUUUUAUGACUCUUUUCGGUUUGCUACUUGCAUAUUAUACGACACGCAUGAGUAGCUCUUCAUAUUCUCCCUAUCCUCACAUUCGCCUCAUCAUUCAUCUAUCUUCGAUAUUCCUCUUUUCUUCGUGGUUGACAUACCUUUGUCCUCUUAAGUUCUGCUUCUAUAUUUGUACAUAUUUUACCACACAUAUUCACAUGUAUGCAUUUUACAUUAUCAGCGGGGGAGGGUACAGGCGAAGGGAAGUCUUUUUAAAAGGGGUUCAGACUCGUGUGUGCACUUUAUCUUUCUCGGUUUCUUAUCCUUCAGCCUUUAUAUGUUCUCGCAAAAAGAAGCUGAUGCCCAGUUACUUGAUUUGGCCAGAACGAAGGGGAAAA